AUGGCGACUGAUGAGGAUAAAUGCAAAAUAGCUAAGUUAUUGCAAGGGCUAGAUGUACCGGAAGUGAAGUUGACCGAACGAUGCAACGAUCUGGUCAGAGAGUUUCAUAAGAAAUUCGAUAGCGAUGCAAAUAUUGAGGACUUGGAAACAGAGGCUUACGAGAAUCCAUAUAUACCAGACAGAGAACUGAUCGGAGAGAACGACAAGAAGUUGAAGGAACUGCUGGCAGACAGUAAACGUGACAAGAAAGCGAUCGAUCUCAAUCUAGAUGCAGCCGACCCUAAGAGACCGUGGCGUACUAAUUCGAAUAAAGAGAAACUUUUGCGUAUCGAAAAUGAACUGAAACAACACAUCGAGAAAUCCAUUACGACUACCGCUCCUAUGGACGAGCAACAAAUGAAAGAAUUGGUGAAACAUUGUCGCGAAGAAACGUCAUCUUUCCCACCUGUUAAUCCUAAUCGCCUAAGAGAAACAGUGGACGAAGCGAAGAGAAAUCUACCAAACUUUCAAUACAGAAUCAUUGAAAAUUCUACAGCUACAACAAUUUUACCACAAGCUCAUGCCUCUGUAAAAGCUAAGGAAGAAUUGCAAUCUUCUGUAGACCAAUAAAUAACUUAAAGCAUAUUAUUUAAGUGCGGGAAUCUUCUG